ACCUCGGCUCUUGCCGGCGGAUGACCAAAUCGCCGCCUCACCUCAAGUUGAACUUCAGUUUCGUUCUAGCGGACAUUAUACUCUCUCCUUCUCUCGCUUUAUCCUGCUCUUUUCCGCUCUGCGCUCUACCUGCUUUCUAAUACUCGGAUAUAUACUACCAUGAGUGUCUCACCUGCGGUCAUGCGCCGACUUAUGCGCGAAUUGGCAGAGAUGCAGACGAAUCCACCAGAAGGCAUUCGGGUGGUCAGCAGUGAGGAUAACAUGUUGGACGUGACUGGAAUCAUUGAGGGACCUGAGGGAACACCAUAUGCUGGUGGUUACUUCAAGGUCAAGUUCAAGUUCACCGAAGAGUUCCCAGCGGCACCUCCGAAAUGUUGGUUCGCUACAAAGAUCUUCCAUCCAAACGUCUCUUCAGCAGGCGAAAUUUGUGUCAAUACCCUUAAGAAAGACUGGCAGUCAUCAUAUGGCAUUGGACAUAUAUUAGUGACUGUGAAAUGCCUGCUAAUCUACCCCAACCCUGAGUCUGCUCUUGAUGAGGAGGCGGGCAAGUUACUUCUGGAAGACUAUAACAGCUAUUGUGAUCGAGCGAAAUUGAUCACUAGCGUACAUGCGACGCCAAAGACUCGACCACCAGAAUUCGACACUCCCGCCUUGUCGCACUCAGCCUCAGAUUCAAUUCCAUCCACAAAACCAACAGCGUCAAAACCACCACCGACAGACCCAAUCGUGCCUUUCCUCACACCAUCCAUGCUAAAAACGCUUCCAGUCGCUACACCACCCGUCUCUUCAACUCCUCUUCAAUUCUCUGCAUCCAACACGCUCUCGAAUUCCGACUCAGCCUCCUCACUCUCAUCCGAGAAGAGCGCAACACGUCUCACGUCGCCAUCACCACUGGGUCCUGGAGACUCGACCUCGAACGUUGCUGCGAACACAAAUAGUACCAGAGUUGCCGUGACAGCGUCUAGUAAAGCUGUCAAGCGUGGCGCGGCACCUGGUGGUGGAGGGAUGGAGAAACGUAAAAAGGCUUUGAAGCGGCUAUAACGCAAGGCCUAUGGUUUUUGCUCCAAUCGUCAGUUUUGGUGCUUGGGGAUGAUUGUUCUGUCUACCUCGUUAGGGGUAUAUAUGUGUAUCGGUGUUGGAACAUUUGUCAAUACUAUCCUGGUAGGUUUCAUGUAUCCGUGGAUCUUUUGUACCGUGCUUUGCUGUCCUGUUUUUCUGCUUCGUCAUCUGUAUAAUUACACAUCGCUUUUCUGUCUUUAGUUGCCUUCAUCCUUCCCCUUGUCACGGUCACGAUAAGUCACAC